UAUCUGAACAUCGUCACAGGCUGUUGGAAGUUUUCCCAGAUCAAAAAUUGAUUCCAAAGCACCAUUUUUUGGAGCAUUAUCCUGAUUUGAUAAGAGGGUAUGGUCCUUUGGUUAUCCUCUGGACUAUGCGAUUUGAGGCUAAACAUAGCUUCUUUAAGCAAAUUAUUAGACACACAAAGAGCUUCAGAAAUGUAUUGAUGUCACUUGCCUCAAAGCACCAAAUGAUGAUGGCAUACAUUUCACAAGGAAAUGCUUUGAAACCUGCAGUGUGUGUCACAAAAAUAUCAUCUCUUCCAUUAGACAUACUUGAUACAGGAAUACAGCAGUCUUUCAAGGCAGUUUAUCCAACACAAACCUCUGUGAAUUUGACCAAUGUGGCCAUACUCCAUGGAACUAAAUAUGCUGCUGGGAUGGUUUUGCCUUAUGGGUCAACUGGUGGUAUAUCUGAUUUUGUUAUGAUUUCACAGAUUGUUAUUGUCGAUGGCAGUGUCAGUUUCAUUGUGAAAAUGCUUAACAGCUGGUAUGAUGAACAUUUUAGGGCAAUUAUGUUAGACCACUCUGGGAAAAUGACCCUGGUACAGCAGAGUGAACUUGGGGACACAUAUCCCUUGACAGCAUAUUUUGUGGAAGGAAAAGUCAUGGUGACAUUGAAACGUCACAUUAUUUGCCAGUGUUAGGUGCUGAGUUUGACUCUUUAAUGUCUAACACCUUGCUUCCUUCCUUCAGAGUAAUUUCUUUCUCUUUCUGUCAAGAUGGAUUUCGUUGCAUUGAAGGUUAUUAUAGAACACCGGAGUGAGAAGCUUACACUGUCCUCAGGAAUACCCAGCACUGUAGAACAGUUACAUGAGACAGUAAAAGAGACAUUUGGACUCAUUGAGGAUUUUACCCUGCAUUACCUGGAUGAGGACUUUGGUGAUUACUUCACUCUGCAUUCUACCAACCAGAUUAAACACAAGGGGACAAUCAAAGUGGUGAUGAUUCCAUCGGUAGUUCUUACAUUGACUGCUUUGACUGAAAACCAGACAGAUAUAAUGAAUGACAGUUUAAGCUCUGCUACUGAUGCAACGCCAGAUUCCCAGACAGAUGCCUCAUCAGUGUCUUCACAAGACAUCCUAUCCCCACGUAGAAGCCCUCAGAUGACAACAUGGCCAAAUCAAAUCAUCAUUUCACUUUUCUCUGUGGCAACAGAGACAGUACUGAUGAAUGCCAAUGAAGAGUUUGUCAAAGAUCGUACUGUGCUGAACAAUUCUCGGAUCCGAUCUGAAAUCAUGGAAAAAUUAGCUGACUACAUGUACAGCUACACACCCUACCCCACAGGCCUUCAGAUAGGUGAGGUGGCAGAGGCUUUAGUCAGAAAGCAUCCAUGCCUGACAGAGCUAGGCAGUCGUAAUGGCUGGCUUGGAUGGAUGUACAGUCUUAAAUACAAGAUGGGAAAUUACAGGUCGAAGCUCCGAAGCCUUGGAUUUCCUGAGGUUGUCUGCAACUCACUUAAGAACAAGCACCCGGAUGACAGGUCUGCUGCAAAGAAUAUAAAGAAAGCACGGAAAGGAGAAGUGGUGUUUCUCCCACACUAUCCUGCGGGAGACAGUAAGGAACAACAAGAGCUGGACCGAAACCAACUAAUCACUGAAUCAAAGAAGAGAGAGAGCACAGUCGUCAAGGACUUGAUGUGCAGAACUUUUGCACAUAGGAGACAUGAGGUUGUCACCCUACAGAUGAGCAUCAGUGACAUCAAGGACAGAUGGCCCGCCUUGUUUGAUGUCUCGCAAGUUAGCGCAGAGUUUCAGAGGAUCACCCCACUGAAUCUUGAGCCAAAAUUCAUGGCAAUGUUGGACUUCUAUACACCUAAACUGCUGUCCUUGUUUCAAACGAAGAAAGGUGCUGCAGGAGAGAGACAUCGGGCACAAAUGUGUGUUCUACUUAAGAGUGGAAUCCCCAUUCAACAGACCGUGAGGUUGUCAUCCCAUGUCUCAUCAAUCAUUUGGGAGAAGAUGCCAGUGCCUUGUUCAAGGACUUUGAGGAUGCUGCUGAUGGAUCUGCCAGUGUUCAAGAGGAGUUGGCAGAAGAGGUCAUGAAGAUUUACCUGCUGCGGAAACAAGAUGGGUCAUUGGAUGUUGGGAUUAUCAUUGAGGGCAACACUGUCCUCAGCAGUCUUGGAGAUGUUAGCAGGGCCUGCUGCUAUCUCUUGGGACUGAUGUACGUGUUAGAUCUGCAAUACCCCAAGAACCUCAAACAUAGUUUUGAGGUAUUCCAGAAAGUACUGCUGGAGCUGGAUUCUGGAAACCUUUCCAACAAGGUCCAGAGACUAAAGAAUUACCUCUGUAUGUAGCGACUGGCUACUGUUCAGCAAGAUGCUCUCUUAGUGAGGGAUUUUUUCAUUGGCAAGUCUGAAGUUUAGCUGAUGUACUGUUGUCUUAAUGUUUACAUAAGACUUAAGGUUUCCAUUCAUAGUGAAAUUGCAUGUUGGACUGUUCUUGUUUU